GACGGCACGCUCGACGACGACAAGACCUCAAGACUCGCUCCCCUCACCUAAAACUAGUCACCAUGGGUCGCAUGCACGCUCCCGGCAAGGGCAUCUCGUCCUCUGCCCUCCCCUACCGCCGCGCUCCCCCCUCGUGGCUCAAGACCACGCCCGAGGACGUUGUCGAGCACAUCACCAAGCUUGCCCGCAAGGGUCUUACACCCUCCCAAAUUGGUGUCACCCUCCGUGAUUCGCACGGUAUCCCUCAGGUUCGCUUCGUGACCGGUAACAAGAUCCUUCGUAUCCUCAAGUCGAACGGUCUUGCGCCCCAGAUCCCCGAGGAUCUCUGGCACCUCGUCAAAAAGGCGGUCGCUGUUCGCAAGCACCUCGAGGUUAACCGGAAGGACAAGGACUCCAAGUUCCGUCUCAUCCUCAUCGAGUCCCGUAUUCACCGUCUUGCGCGGUACUACAAGACCAAGCAGCAGAUCCCCCCAACGUUCAAGUACGACUCUGCCACCGCCUCCACCCUCAUUGCAUGAGCUUCCAAGUGGUCGUUAUAUGUUGAACGUGGUUGUGGAUGUGAUGACGGAGAGGGGAGGGGCCCGUCGCAACACGAUUACACGGCGACGGGUGGGCUGUCGAGACUAUGUUAUCGCUUGUACGCUUUCCACAUGACACACCCAAUGCAGAACCUAGGGAUAUGCAUAAAAUCUUCAUCAUGCCAUCUGUUGUCC